CUCCCCUCAAGAAUCAUCAUGGCGCAGAACAUCUCCAAGCGCAGAAAGUUCGUGGCUGACGGUGUGUUCGCCGCCGAGCUCGGCGAGUUCUUCACGCGCGAGCUCUCCGAGGAGGGCUACUCCGGCUGCGAGGUCCGCGUGACCCACGCGCGCACCGAGAUCAUCAUCCGCGCCACGCACACGCAGGAGGUGCUCGGCGACAAGGGCCGCCGCAUCCGCGAGCUCACGGCGCUCGUGCAGAAGCGCUUCAAGUUCCCCGACAACUCGCUCGAGCUCUACGCCGAGAAGGUGCAGAACCGCGGCCUGCACGCCGUUGCGCAGUGCGAGAGCCUGCGCUACAAGCUGCUCGGCGGCCUUGCCGUGCGCCGCGCCGCCUACGGUGUGCUGCGCUUCGUCAUGGAGAGCGGCGCCAAGGGCUGCGAGGUCGUCAUCUCGGGCAAGCUGCGUGCUGCGCGUGCCAAGUCGAUGAAGUUCACCGACGGCUUCAUGAUCCACUCCGGCCAGCCGUGCCGCGACUUUGUCGACGAGGCCGUGCGCCACGUGCUGAUGAAGCAGGGUGUGCUGGGCAUCAAGGUCAAGAUCAUGCAGGGCUGGGACCCGGAGGGCCGCACCGGCAAGCCGUUCCCGCUGCCCGACGCGGUCACCAUCCUCGAGCCCAAGGAGGAGCAGCCGAUUGCGCAGCCCAUGUCCGAGUCGCGCAUGCCCGUCGCUGCGCCGCCGGCCGCCGAGGUGGCGCCGCAGGAGGGCGACGCCGUGGCCGAGGCCCCGGCCACCGCUGGCGCCUACUAGGCGCGCGCUCUCCGGCGCCCACCCACUCCCCUUUUGACCGCUCCGCUCUCUCGCCUGGCCCCUGUCCCCCAUCCCCGCCCCCC